CUUUCCGCUGCUCUGAAGUUUCUUGUUCCUUCACUUGUUUCACAUGAAGUCUCUUCGUUGACUGUUGUUUUCACGGUGACAUGAGUGGACACACGGUCCCCGCGGACUUCUCAGGACACAUGCUGGACCUGGACGAGGACGAAGACCUGGAGGUUUUCAGCAAGAAAACAUCCACUCUCGAUGGAGAUGGAAACCUUGUGCCCAACUCUCCCAGCUCCUUGGUCAACCAGUACAGACUGGACGAGGAGGAGGAGGAGGAGGAGGAGCAGCACGCUAACACCAUUGACCUCUUCAUCACCGUGGACAACCCAGAGAGCCAUGUCACUGCCAUCGAGACCUUCAUCAUGUACAGAGUCCUGACCAAGACCACACGGAGUGAAUUUGACUGCAGUGAGUACGAGGUACGUCGACGAUACCAGGACUUCCUGUGGCUCAGGAGCAGACUGGAAGAAAACCACCCAACACUCAUUGUCCACCCGUUACCAGAGAAGUUUGUGAUGAAAAGCAUGGUGGAACGCUUCAACGACGACUUCAUUGAGACCAGGAGGAACGCUCUGGACCGCUUCCUCAAAAAGAUCUCGGAACAUCCCGUCCUGUCCUUCAGCGAGCACCUGCAAGUCUUCCUCACUGAACCUGAGCUCACGUCUUACAAGAAGCAGGGUCCAGGUUUCCUGAGUCGGAUGGGAGACACGGUGAGGGGGUUGGCUAACUCGGUGAGAGGUUUAAAGAGUCGACCAGAUGAGUUCACUCACAUGCAGGAGUAUGUGGAGGACUUCAGCAACAAGAUCUGCUCUCUGGACAAGGUCACGCAGAGGAUCAUCAGGGAACAGAAAGAGUAUCUGGAUGAGCUGAAGCAGUACGGCCCCACAUACACCCAAUGGGCGGGGUCAGAGGGGGAUCUGGCCGAGCCCCUGAAGGGUGUGGCCAGCUGUGUGGAGCAUUGUGGUAAGGAGACAGAAGAGCAGACCCAACAUCUGUCUGAAGUCCUGGUCCCUGUCCUGCAUGAGUACGUCCUCUGUGCUGAGACGCUGAGGGGUGUGAUGAGACGUCGAGACAACCUCCAGGCCGAGUUCGAAGCCAAAAACGAGGCUCUGGUGUCCAGGAAAACUGACCAAGAAUCAGUGAGUAUGACUCCCAUCCUCCCGCUCUGCCAGCCCAUGUGUCUGUGUGUCCUCAGGCAUUUUCCUAAAGAUUAGGUGCAAUAAAGUGAA